AUGGCAGAUGAGACGGAAAUGACUAACGGUGUCAAGGAUGAUCAGACGGCAGGAGAGGAUUUCUGCGAUCUCGAUCAAGUGGAGAAUGAAACCAAGCUAAAGCAAAGGAUCGAAUCUUUAGAGACCGAGAAGCACUCACUAGCUGAUGAAAAUGAAGAAAUCAAAUAUCAGUUCGCAAAAUUGACGAUCGAGAUUGAAUCGCUGAAAUCAGAGGAUUCAAAUCUGAAGCUUAGGAUUUCGGAGUUGGAGAGGGAAGUUGAGCAGUCGGAGGAGACCCAAAGAACGCUUGAAGCGAUAGCGGGGAAAGCUGGAGAGCUUGAAACAAAUGUUUCUAGGCUUCAACAUGACUUGAUUUCGGCGAUGAGUGAAGGAGAUGAAGCGAAUAAGGAGGUUGCGGAGUUGAAGAGGGUGGUGAGCGAGAAGGAAGUGAAAAUUGAGGAGUUGAAGAAGGAGAAAGCAGAGAUUGAGAUGAAAGUGAGGGAAUUGGAGAGGAAAAUUGGGGUUUACGAGGUGAAGGAGAUUGAGGAGAAGAGUAAGAAAGUGAGGCUUGAGGAGGAGAUGAGAGAAAAAAUAAGUGAGAAAGAUACGGAGAAUUUUGAGUGUAAGAAGAGAAUUAAGGAGUUGGAAAGUCAAGUGGUGGAGAAGGAGAGGUUGGAGGAGAACUUGAGGGAGUCAGAGGAGAAGGUGAAAGAAAUGGAAGGGAAGCUGCUGGAGUUACAAAAGAAGACAGAGGAAGCGGAAAAAGUGGUUGGUGGAUUGAAGGAGAGAACUAGGGAGGUCAUUAAUGGGAUUGAGAUUGAGAGUAGGGAGAAGGGGUUUAAGGUGCAGUCACCCGUGGUUGCAAUUGGGUCAGUAGGUGCUGUUGUUGUUACAGCUGCAGUGGUUUAUGUUUGCUUUGCGAGGAGGCGGUGA